UGUGUGUGUGUCUCCGUCCCGGGUGAGCUCUAAUAAUAGAGGAGGCCGCCUGCUCCUUUAAGACCCCACUUGUUGAACAGCCUGCUCCACGCGACAUAUUGUAACAAAAAAUGGUUAUCAAAGUGUUUCUCGCGUCGGCGUCGGGGUCCACGGCGAUCAAGAAGAAGCAGCAAGAUGUGGUCGGCUUCCUGGAGGCUCUUAAAGUGGACUACACUCAGCUGGACAUCGCCUGCAACGAGGACAACCGCAUGUGGAUGAGGGAGAACGUCCCGGAGGAGAAGAAGCCCGCAAACGGCAUCCCCCUGCCCCCCCAGAUCUUCAACGAGGGGGACUACUGCGGGGAUUAUGAAACAUUCUUCGAUGCCAAGGAGGACAACAUGGUGUAUUCCUUCCUGGGCCUGCCUCCUCCUCCCGGGUCAAAGGAGGCAGGACAGGCCGACCCGCCUCUCGUGGUGGAGAACGGGACCUGCGGCGAGGGAGCUAAUGCAGAGGAGGGCCCAGAUGAAUCAAUAGCGGUUCCAGUGGAGGAGCGCAAUGGGAAUGCACACGGGGAGGAGGAGGAGGAGGAGCAGGUAGCAGAGGACGAAGUCACGCAAGGAGACGAGGAGGAAGACACAGACGGGAUCACAGAAGAAACACAGGCCCAAGCAGAGGAACAAGAAGAAGAAGAGCAGGAAGAAGAAGAGGCUGAAGCACAAGAGGACGAAGAGGCUGAGUAGUUGGAGCCCGAGGACCUCGUUGAUGCCGACCUGCUACUAUCCAGCCCGAAGGAGCCUCCCGUUACGUCUCUCCCCGACGCUUGAACCCCUCCGUCUCUCCCCAAGGCCACGCUGGACCCCACUGGAAACUGUCGGUCAUGUGCUUGGAGGCGCCGUCCAAAAAGUGAAAAGUCCGAACCCACAUUUGCCCCCAACCCUCUUCCCCUUUGACUGCAAUGUUGACUUAAUUUUUAUAUUCUGCAUAGACUGUAAUGCAAGUGCGCAGAGUAGCCUAGAGGUGUCCGUUUUAAUGAGUAGCUUUUGUAAAAUGCAAAACAGUUAUUUUCUUAGACACAUUUCUCAUGUUUCACUGUUAGAAAUCCCAGUUUUCUAACGCAAACAGACAGUGACCUUUAGAAAGAAUAUUACCUUGGCAUUUCUUUAGCUUGUGGCCUACUUCAGAUUCAAAGGUUCUCUUUUGUGUUCAGCAGUUUUACCGAUGUCGUGCCUUGUCGACUCUUUCCACCAUUCUCUUUCCAAACUAAGACUUCUAACGUCCACAUGAGAAAAGACUACUCGCGUACUUCAAACUACUCCACCAGCGCCACAAUUACGUCUUCCAAUACUGCUGUCUAAUCAAUGCACUUUGUUGAAUGAAGAGUGAACCGUGUGACUAAGUCUUGGAUGCAAUAGGAAAUGCAAUAAAGUAGACUGGUAUAAAAAUAAACCUCAGUGGUUCC